AUGACCUUAGUAAGUAGUCCUCCGUUCAGCUCUGCAUCCAUAGUAACUGGCAAGACAGAGGCAGUCUGGACACCAGGUGAGACUGACAGAGGGACGUCACUCGUGCCAGAAGGCUGUGUGGUGCUGCGCUUUACAGAUUAUGUCCCCUGGAGUAAUCCCCAGAUGCUUAUUUCCCAGGAAGUGGAGGAGCUGUUCCAGACGGUGGUCUUCUCGGCACUACUGCCUCUGUCGUUUCUGAUCAGCGUCCCGACCAACAUCAUCAACAUGAUCGUCUUCUACAAACACGGCCUCAAGGAGCGAAUCAACGUGUGUGUGUUUUACCUGUCUCUCGUGGACAUGCUCUAUGUUCUUCUGGCCUUUCUUUUUCAAGGCGACACCAUGUACCUGAAGAUCAAAAACAUGUCCCGGUACAGCCUCAUCAGAGGGUUUUUCAUUGUCAACAAGAUGGCUGGCGUUCUGGGCGUGUUCUGGGUGUCUACAUUCGUCUCCAUGGUAAUCGCGUGCGAGCGCUGCUUUUGCGUCAUGAGUCCCUUAAAAGCCCAGAGGGCGCUGCAGACCAAGACGACAGUGGUGGUGCUGAUGCUGGUGUCCCUGGCCAUCAUCGCGGCCUACUUCGUGGUGGGAGCUCGCUGGACUGUCACGUGCGUUUUAGAUACAUCGUCCAAUGUCACGUCCUUGACCUCCUACCCCAGCAGCUUUUACCUGAGCCAUCGGAAGGCCAUCGACACGCUGGACGGCGUCGUGUACGGCCUCGUCCUGCCCAACGUGUGCGUGGGAGUGGUGGCGCUUUGCACAACCAUCACCAUCGUGAAGCUGCGAAUCAUGGCGACCUGGAGACACCAGUCGUCGUCUGCUGACACAGUCUCCACCCGUGACGUGGCACUCACCCGGAUGUUGAUCGGCACCUCCCUCGUCUUUAUGGCGUGCAGCCUUCCGGGCAUCGCAUUUCGCACCGCCAUGUUGUUCGUGCCCGACCUGAGUGUCGACGGUCAUUACCGCAAUGUCUUCUACCUGUUGUUUUUUAUGCACCAGGAGGCCUCCUACCUCUGCUGCACUUUCAACUUCUUUGUUUACUAUAAAUACGGCACCAAAUUUAGAGACACGGUACGUGACAUGUUUGGUAAUUGUAAUCAUAGAUGUGCAUUCUCUUUUAAGAAACAUUCCCCAAUAAUACCAAAGCAUCGUGACAUAAUGUCUAAGCAGUCUGAUAUUAGCGAGCAGCAUGGGGCCAUGAGGCACACAUCAGGGGCUUAG